CUGGCCAGUUCAGUUGAUAUCGGAACAUAGCCUAUUUUUCCAUUCAACCACAUUGAAGGCUACAAUCUAAUAAUUUUUUCAAUUUUCCAAUGUAAUGUGUUGAAUAUUUGAAGUACAGUUUAUAUGUUAAUUUCCUUUUUCCUUAGAUUAAAUUGAAAGUUACUGUUUUUUUUGUGAGUUGUGACAACAAUAAUUUCAUUAAAACGCUUUUCAAGCAGCUGUCAGAACUGUGAUACCCAAAUGAUAAAUUGUUUGUUGAUUCUCUUCCUUGUUUGUUAUUUUAUCAUUUGUGUUUACUAUUUGAAAAAGCAAUAAGUGGGAAUGCUUUGAAGGAAAAAGGCUGUAUACUUACCAUCUCCUGUUUUGUCUGUUAAAUGUGCCUUGACUUUUUUCUGUUAUAAUAUGGAUUAUAAUGGAAUUUGAUCGCCAAAGUCAGUGUUCCGAUGAAGGUGUUGAACUAUCUUCAGAUUAUGGUCUUCAAUUUUCACGCGAAUUUUUGCGUGGAGAGGAGCUUCCUCCAGAUUUUCUGGAGGCUAAAGUGGUCUAUUUGCUCCUACCUAAAAAUGUUCCAGUGUCUAGGGUUACCAGACUCAAUUGGCUUCUCGAUCAUCUGAACUCGGUAGUAACUGCAUCAACUACUAAAUUGCUAGAAACUUCUCAAAAUAUCGAAGUCGUUUCAGCCAUAGCUAGAGAACCCAACACCAGUACAAAAUGUACUAGAUUUUUGGUAACCAAUCGUACAGAAGUGAAGUUUAUCGCCCAUUCUUACCGAUUUGUAUACUGCUUAGACAUGAGUCCGAGCCAUGCCACUGUAGAUAUUGACAGGAAAGAACUUGUAUUUGACGAAAUUUUACAAAGUUUUAAAAUUAGCAUAGAAGGUUUAUCCAAGCACUUCACCAUACCUGGAAAUACCUUGGUUUUUCAACCAGCUAUUUAUUUGACUAUAAUGGUUAAUACGCCAUUUUUUAUUACCCCUGCUCAGCAAGUUAUUUUGAAGGGUAUUCAGAUGACCUCACGGAAUGUGAAUGAGAUUAUUAUGUGUGUUGAAACUCAUUUUUGUAUGUUAGAAGGAAAAAUUGCUGACGCAUGUACACAGGCUCUGGAUAAGAUUGUGGAUCUUAAGGCAACUCAAGAUCGUCCGGCACAAGGAGAAUUUUUCGGAUCGACAGAAAAAGGGCGCCUAUCAAAAAUACCAAUGGUAACCCCAGAUGUCAAUUUCGUAAACAUGCUAAGGUAUUCCAUGUUGGCCAUAUACCUUUUGCCAGAGACAACAUUGAGUCAUAUUCUAGUCAUCACUGAUGGUAUAGUAUCAAUGCCGGAUUCAAACGUAAUGGAAACAAUGCUGCAUCAGCUUCAUUACGAUUCAAUUGCUGUUUCCUUUUUGAAAGUAGGCUCUCGGUUCUAUCCCCAGUGUGGUGCGGGAUUAGUGCCAUAUGUAGACUUAUUACAUUUUUUUGCUCAUUCGACAUUGGGCUGCUGUUUAGAAUUUUUCCCAAAAAUAUUUUAUGACUCUUCUAUGUCAAUGAAUUUUUACCAUGAUAAUUUUUUAUUUUGGUCUUUCCAUAGUAAUAGUAGAUUAUGUGUGAGAAACUGUGAUAAUAGAAAUUCUUGGACUGGAAACAAUGAUAGAUUUUAUAAUCAAAGACUACCUAUACUGUUGUCCAAGAGACAGACUGAAGAAAGCACCAGUGCCUCCUUGUUACUUUUAUUAGCUAGACGAAUGCGCGAAGGGUUUACUGUAGAUAAUAUUUUUUAUAUAAAUGGAAAUUUGGAAAUCAAAUUAGUUCAGCAAUGGAAGUCUUCUAUUUUUAUUCAUUACAAACUUAUGUCUCAGUGGCCAACUCUUAAGAACUUGAUACAAUUUGAAGUUCAUGUGUGCGCUCCAUAUGAGUUCCUUCACGAUAUGACUUGCUUGUUUAAAAAAGAAUCCCAAUCUGUACUAAGACAAGCAAUUAUACAACGGUUUUGGAGUAGGUUAUCGCAAGUUUCGUCUGGAGAUCUGGGAUUGGCUAGUCAACUUAGCAAUUUUACCAAUAAUAAAGAUUGGUGCACAUUACCUGAUACCAUUAAAAGUGGCUUACCAGUUUUUAAUUCAAAUAAUCCAUCCUAUUCAGAUUCAACAAAACUUGUUUUGGUUCCGAGAGACAACUUUUGCCCGAGGUUCAUCAAUAUUUGGCAAGGUAUAUGUCAAAUGGAAACAAACAAUUGGAGGAAAUGGUUUCACACCCAUAAAAUUUCAUUAAUCUUAACUCACGACACGCCGUUACCUACUACCUUGCAUUUGUCUAGCUGCUCAUCUCAACGAUACCAGGUUGUCCAAUGUAGACAGGCCGUUGUUGCCCUCUACAGCAUGCUUUCAGAGUGGGCCUCAUUCAUACUGAUAGACAACCAUACCUACCUCAAAUUUCUCUACAAUGAACUCAAUAAACCUCCUGUAGGUUUUUGCAUUGUUAGAGUGAGUUCAAAAUUUCCUAGUGCUGUUAUAAAUCUUGGGUUUUCUACAAAUACUCCUGGACAAUCUAGAUUUGAAGUUUGCGAUGAAUUAAAAGCACUAUUAUCAUCCCUCUCAUACAUACCUAAAGCUAACGAACCUUCUUGCUGCGUACUUUUACAUAAACCCCUGGAAAAAAUCCUGAUUCGUUAUGAGCGAGUACCUAACACAUUUACCACAGUAGUUUUCCCAGAUGGUACUCAUCCUCCUGACAGUUCCAGCUAUUUGUCAUCUCCUGUGACAGGGUCACUUUUCACUACUUUGUCUCGUUAUUUGUUUCAUAAACGGUGGAUAUGGAGCGCCAAACAUCCAUCGAAUCUUCGAUUGCCUGAUGCAUCUAUCUCAAGAAUUUUAAAUACUUUAACUAGGAUGCGAUUAAAAGAGGGUUACCAAUUCGCUUAUUCAUCAUCAGGCAUAGUAACAAUGGUUCUAGAAGUAGAUUUAGAAGCAAAAUCGAGCUGCCUUGUUCAGUAUGUCCUCUUUCCGCCAUAUAAUAAUUGGGGGGAUGAUUUAUUGAGCUGUUCCGAUGAAGAAAUGGAGCCAUCUUUAGAACAAGAGGCUGAACUUGAGAUGAUCACGGAAGUUUGGAUUGAGCCCCAGCAUGGGAAAGUUGUACCUAGCCAUUCUAGAAUAAGCUAUAUUAAUAAUAUGAAUUAUUAUCAGAUUGCUGAUGCAAUUCGUAAAAUUGACUUUCGUUGUAUCAACGUUUUAAUAACAAUGGAACACAUAUCUUUGAUGUGCCAGGACAAGGCAGUUCAUAACCUUACAAACGCGGUGGACAUUAACAAUCCCAAAGUGAGUUCUAGCAAUCGAACGCAUUCGCGAAAGAAUAGUAAACUGCCUAAUCCUGACAUGCAGAAUCAAGACGUACCUGAAAAUGGAUCUCCAUGGUAUCCAAUAGUAGAACCACGAAUCGAAAACAUUCCUUUCAAGUUUGAUCCCAUAGAAUUAUUGAAUUUGUGUCAACAGACUGAAAUGUUAUUUUCCAUGUUAAGGGAAGAAAAAGCCAAUACUAAUAAGAAACAUGCCAAAGUAGAUAGAGCCAACAAAUUACUUUUAGAUAAUAUUUUUGAACAUUUUUUCUUGCUUAAUGACAGAGAGUUGGAACUGUCCAAAAAAGAGUGCUCAACGUUGACUAAAGAAGUUAUAAAAAGGCACAGGAACAAAAUACCUCAUACUUGUCCUAUAUCGGAAAAAUAUAAUAAUUCUGAUUUCAAUUACCAAUGGAAAUGCUAUAUAAAAGGCAUUUCAGUAACUCAUGUUAUUCUAACUUUUGUACCUGCUUCAUUUGAAGAUCUCAAAGCCUUGAUAUGUGUAGAAACUGAAAACAUUCCAAGCGACUUGAACGAAUCUGACGAAAGGACUUCUUCAAGAGAAAGUAAUAUCAGUGAUGUUCCAAUGAAGACUCCAAAUAUCAUGUGUUUACCCGUAUAUGUAUAUGAUUGUCCCUUAAGACGUUUAGUUAAUGCCUAUGUGGAAAGUGAAAACGGACAAAGCUGCGCUCCCGAUGAUGUUUAUUUGGAUUACAGAUUUAAAUGUACAAGCUUCAUGCCAACAGUGAUAACAGAGCCAUUAAAAAAUAGUUGCGACAGCGAUGAUAGUUUAACUGAAGACUCAGAUCUACUGGAUCAAAGAAAUGUCAGAGAACACUGUAACGCUUUAGAAAUGGCUCAUUCCAAAUGUUUUGUCUUGUCACUCUUUUUGGCAUUACAUCAUGGCAUCUACGUGCAUAACUUGGAUGUCCAAAAUGCCAUGGAUUUGUGUGAAGAAGAAAUUGGCGAAAUCGAUAUCACAGAUUAUAUUUCCAAAAUGUGUGCCCACACCAGACUUACUAAAACUGAUGAAAUUUACACUCAGAUUUUAAAUGAAGCCCUUCCGUGUAGCGAUCUAAAAAAUUAUCAUAUGAUUGUUAAGAAAAAGUUUUUCAAAAUGGUUUGCUCCUCAUUUAAUCAAGUUCCCAGUAAUGGGGAGUAUUACUUUUUUAGACAUUUGUGUGUCCAACCAGAAGAGAAACCAGAUGAUAGUGACGAUGAAAUUAGCGUUUGUGCAUCAGAAAUAGAAUUUAGAUCUGAAAGAGACAUGAGCAUAUACUCGGAGGGCCCUCAUUUGCUUGAAAAAGGAUUAAGUGCGGGACAUAUUGAUGUAGCAAAUAUGAGCGACGUCACUCCUUUGUUUCUUCAUUUUGUAUGUACUCUGAGAUACAAUAACGGUGGCCACAGUAACACUUCUGUCAGAGUGCUGCCUACUUGCUUAGGUGAACUAAUUCAGACAUUAGAAAAACCGACCGAGUUUUUGCACAAAUCUAAAAUUCAGGUUACAUUGGACAUUUUUUGUCUCACUUUGCCUCCACGAGUUCAAAAUAUAUUGCACGAUUAUAGUCAGCAAGGUUUGAGAGCUAUAUCAUUCUGUUCUGAUGGUGGCUAUCAAAGAACUGUUAGUACUGUAUCUGAUGUCAGCAUCAAUUCAGAUGUGCCAUUGCCUUUGAGAAGACUCACAGAUUUCCAAAAACAAUCGGUCGAUAAACUUAGUGAGGAAAUUAAAUGGCUUUUAGAGGAGGAAAUUUGUACAACUUUGCUCGAUAUCGAACCCGUAACUGCAAAUACCAUUGAAUACAUCAUAGAUCACGUUAAGGAAGGUCACGCUACGAGGCCCUCUUGUAAAAUGGAUAAAAUUAUUUUAAAUUUCGUAUAUACCACUCCGCAUAGCCAUGAAAAAUUUCUGAAAGAAUUUCAGCAAAUGCCCUUGCCUUAUGGAUUCAAGUUAUGUACAGUUCAAGAGUACUAUUAUAUUGCCAAAGAUGAAUAUCUGAAAGACUCCGAAACUUGCGUUAAUCUCUCUUUCCAAACAAAUAGCUCUGGCAAUUUUCCUCUAGAUGUCCACGAGGUUUUCAAAGGCCCACCUUCUCAUGUGGGAAGCACUUGUAUAGAAGAUACCAUGUCUCAGCAAAGCGAAAUUACUAGUGGCAGUGUAACUGGCACAGAGGGAGGCUACGAUGAAGAUGUUAGCGAAGACGAUGAAGAUUGCGACUGGCUGAUGACUUUGAACAAUAAAAGAGCGCACUUGCCUAAUUUCUGGUUGAUUUUAAGACCAGAUCAGGAUUUGGUGCACAUGUAUUUUCAUUGCAGGUUCAUUGAAUUAAAUUCUCCCCAUGUUGAAGUUUACACAGAUGUCGAAAGAACAGUAUGUGAUACGAUUGGUGAUUUAUGUAAACAAGUUAAUCAACUGCUGUUAUUACAUUCACUCUACGAAUCAAAAUCUUGCGAUUCACUUCUGGAACCAGAUGAUUCGCAUUCACACAUUGAUACUCCCUCAGCUAGGAAUUAUUCAUACAACAAAGAAAUUAAGGGAUACGACAAUGAAAUUAAUGAUGAUUCGGAAGCAAUAUUUUCCAGGUCUAUGUCUGAAGCUUCACUGAAUUUAAAACCAGGUUAUUUUAGUUGCCCAGUAGUAUGGGAAAAACUUUUUGUAUUACACCCUCGUCUGAAAACUGGCUCAGGAAAUAAAUCUGUCACAUCCAGAGGCAUUAUGGCUUUAAAAAAUAUUCUGGAGAAGUUUUCGGUUUCUAACAGGCAGAACAUGUUUGUGUACAGAGACAAAGAAGAAAACGUUUUUUAUUUACGACUCUAUGAAAGUGGCAAUAUUUCAUGUGGCGGUGGUAGACACUUGUUCAAAUCUGCACAGAACGAGAGUGGUAAUGUUUCUAGAAGCCCUUCUAUCACUUCACUACCUACUAGUCAAAAUAGUAAAACUAAUUUGGCCAUUUCAGAUCAAAGCAUUGCAUCUAUUUUAUCGUCCGAUAAUCUUCGUCCAAGAGUUCGAUCCUUGGGUGAAAGAGAAAGCAGAGUCUACGAUCCGAAAGAUUCCAGAGAAAAACUCAACGAAGACAUAAUAAUUUUACGCGUCCAUGGUAUUACUCAAGCUGGCACCGACGUGCAAUGUGAUUUGGUGCAAGUGCUUCAGAAUAGACUUGACGAUGCGGUUUUGGAAUUUUUAUCAGUUACAUUGGCUAGAAACUCUAUGUGUCCCUUGACGCCUGAGGAUGUAAGAUUUAUACAGAAACCUCAGGAACCUGACUGUACUAUUAGGCUUACUGUUCAAGAAUUUCCUCUUCAAUGGCACCAAUCGAAAUCAUUUAUUCAUUAUUUAACACAAAAUCUAUUACAAUUCUUGAAUAUCCCUAAGUAUACUGACACUCGUCCUGAGUUCCAUUUCAAAGAUUAUAGUAAUAACCUGCUGGGAAUUGAUAUGCCUUUUGACAAUAUAUUUAUUUAUAAUCAAAGCCAAACUCCUUCAUCUGGCAGUCGAGGGAUAGCUUGCAUAAUUAUGGCAUUAAUUACGAAUUGUGAUGGAGCAGCGAUAGUUCAUAGCGAAAAUCAAUUUGAAAUGCUUUUUGUUACAAAAGAAUAUGAUAGUUUUGUCAAUUCGAAAAUUAUCGAAGAUAAGGAAGAAUUACCUGACACAUAUUUGGAGUUUAGGCUAUGGAAACAAGGCAGAAUAAAUAUAGAAAAUUUAUCAAAGAAACUUACGUCAGCAGUAAGUCAAGCAAUAUGGGAUAUUGUAACUGAGUAUUAUUUGCUCAAAAAACCAUUGUCAGUAGAAGAUUAUGAUGAGAAAACUUAUUUCACAAAAAAAAAGCAAGAAAUAGAAUGUUUAAAUCUUGACACAGAUGUUGAAUUUAAUUGUGAACUUGAUCUGACUUUUAAUAAAAAUAUCAAACCCAAAGUCAAAGCAGCAUUGCCAAAGAAAAUGGAAGCGCAUCUUUUCAGUAACAGGAAGUACAAUAAAAGAAAUGCCGUCCUCUCAAACAACCUAAAAGCUUCUAGAGAUAUUGUUAAUCACGACCUAGAAAUACAUACCAGCAAAGACAACAAUGAUAAUGGAAUUUUAUCCAUAGUUUUUUCAAAAUAUUUGCCAUCUUGGAUGGAAUUUGGAGAGAAUAUUAAUGCCCCUGCAGUAAAAAAAUAUGCCAUCAAACUAGCCCACAGACACACACCAUGCAUUAUUGUCAGAGAACUUAUUAGGAUGUUAACCGAUUAUCCAAAAACCUUCAGAGCUCUACCGACCCAUUCAGCUGCUAGUAUGAGUCAGGAAAUAUAUACACCGGCUGUCUCAUCAACUGUUAUUCAAAAAUAUGUGAUUAUAUCUACAAGUUUUCAAAAAAAGGAACAACUUGAAGAUUCUACAAAUGAUAUUGCGAAUAAUCUGAAGCACAACCAAAAAUUUGUUUCACUUGUGCAAGAAAACUUAUUUAUACCAAGAGAAAAGAUGUUUUGGAUCUCUGUUGAAACAGAUAAUUUUGUCAUUUACACCUACAAUUGGCCCAAGGAAAACGUAGACAAGUUGCAUAAGCAAUGCACGAAUUUAAACCAGUGGUUAACUCUCCGUUCCUGCUAUGCAAACUCUGCAAUCUCGCAAAAACUGGGCCUCUUUUAUAACCAACCAUUAACCAGAAAAUGCUUUAUGCUUUCAGCUAACAGUUACUAUAAUUUUAUUAGUCAUUUGGAAGUGAUGUCAAACUUUCCCACAGAUCUACCACAUACGAAAAAAUCUUAUCAAUCCAAUUUGAAUUUGCCCAUGAUUUUGGAAUCAUUUAGGGAUAAUUUCUCAAAUACAAAAUAUACCUCAACAGAUCCAGUUGUAAUUUUCUCUAUUGAAAUGAAGGAAAUGAAGUCUUUAGAAAAGAAAAAUAGAGAUGAAAUGAAAAAGUUACACUCAAUGUACCAAUCGAGAACAGGCAAUACAUCAGUUCCUCAGCUGAAUCUACUAAUGCAAAACUCCAGAAUUCUCCAUUAUGUCCUCACACCAUUAUUAUUUUGGUCAAAAUGGAGGAUCAAAGCCGCCAAUACCAGAGAUCACACGAUAGUUUCGUCUCACAUACCUAUGGUCGAUACAUUGUCAGUAGCAGAAAGAGAAUUGUGGCACUCUGAAUUGUGUUAUGCGUUUUUUUGCGAGUACCGAAUGUAUUUGCACACAUUAGGUUUUACACCACUGCAAAUUGAUAAUCCACAAGCUGGGACCACAGGUUUAUGGUCAAGGGAUAAAUCUUUACACAAGUUGGUAUUUUAUAUACAAAGGACAAUUUUGGGAGGUAUUUUAAUUUUUACUGUUUCAUUCGAAGAACCAUUUUUUGUGACCAAACUAUACGCAAUUGAAUGUAACAGGUUACAAAAUAUCACUUCUAGAUCGUCUGUAAUAGGGUUCACCAUAAGCUUUUUGGAUGAAUGUGACAAAGUAAAAAUAUUAAUGCAUCUUCAUUCUUUCACUUACGACUUUCAUUUGAGGUCUAUCUGCAAUUACAUGGGCGGAAAUCAAGGAAGACUUCUGGACAAAUAUAAUGUUCGCCAAUUUUUGGAUGAUUUUAUGAAAUAUUAUAAUAAAGCUCCAAAUUUUGCCAGAAAUUUAGUUUACUCAGAUACAUUAACCAUUGAUGGCUUAGUGACUGAAGGAAGACAGUUAUACGAUUACUUGAUAUUGAAUGUAAACCAAUAUGAUUUCAAAGUUUUCAAAAUGGAAGCUAAUCCGCCAGAAUAUAUUUUGGUACAGGUCAGCACAACUAGACAAAUAUCAUAUAUGGAUUUCCAAGAUAGACAGCACACCAAUGAUUUUGAUAUGACUUUAGUCAUUUAUAAUUUGUGCACACCCUAUAAGCCUACGGACAAAGUGUUACAUUUGAAAUAUUAUUUAAUACUAACUUCAAAAAGGGAAACUUAUCCUAUGUAUGAACAUGAACAAAAAUUAGGAAAAUUUCGAACAGUAUCUUUAAGUGGAUCAUCUGUUAUGGAAUAUGUAAAAAAAGAUAUAGAUUUAAGUUUACCAACAUCGGAACCUGAGGGAGGUGGUUGUUCUAAUGAAAGUUGUGACGAAAAUUCAUUAAGUAGGUCUACAGAUGAAAAGGCUCUUAUAAAAUCUACAAAAAUAGUACAAGAAACUGUGAAUUAUUUGGGCUACUAUUCUUCCCACGAGCAAAUUAUGCAAAAACUGAUUUUAGACAAAGCCAAAGCUACACAAAAGGAUAUUCGGGAUAUGGUUGCUAAAGGUAUGGGGCACUGCAGGACCGAUCUUCUUUGGAAUAGAAUGAUUUCACCUCAAGACUCAAAUCCACUAACUUUCGACGAAUUUAUGAAUUUAAAACGAUUAGCUAAGCUCACACCUUUAUCCCACCUACACCCAAAUUUGAGUCCUCUAAUAAACCAGCCACUUCCAUGGUAUCAAGGACUUGCCAAGUUACUUUUGGUAAAAUACGCUGAUCACCAUAGGAAAUUUUCUUCACCCGAUGGUCGUUUACUUUAUUAUGUUAUUCUACAUCCUAGAUAUUUUGGUGCCUUCAUGCUAUUGAGUAUGGAUAUCCACACAUCUCGCGCGGAGCUAUACGCAGUUUAUCGGGAACAGCCAAAUAAAGAAGAAGGCGCAGACCCUUUGGGUUUAGGAUACGAAAAAUCACUUCGUGAUGGUUUCGUCAACUGCAUAUGUUUUUAUAUUUGGUCUGGAAUGAUAACAUGAUCACAGAAAUAGGGUUUAUUUUUAGUUUUUUUACUUGCCCUUCUGAAACCUGGCAAAUUACCUCAAUUUUGAAAGACAUACUUAAUUUUCUUAAAUCUUGUUAUGUAUGUGUUUUUAUCUAGUUUUAUUUUCAAUGUUAUUAAUUAAUCAAGUUUUAUAUUGAAUGUUAUUUUUUUGCUCAGUAUACUGUGAUAAAUAUACAAACAUGUGCCUGGCAAAGAAAACUAGUAUACUGUAUACAUUAUAUUAGGAUAAUUGAUUUUUGUACGUGCCAUAUGACCAUUAAAUGUUUCUGCUAUAAUUA